GUAACUAAAGAUUUGUUAUAUUUUACAAGAUAAGCAAAAAAAAAAGUUGCCAUUUGGUCUAAAGAUUGUUUCUGUUUACAGUUUUAGAAUCACUUUAUUUUACUUGUAAAUUAGCUUUUUUUUUUUUGCAUGACCAGUUUAAAGUAAAAUAAAAAAAUUCCCAUAGCUUUAACUAACUUGCACAACAAAGUAGUUAAUCCUGGAGCUGAGACUCUUUGUUAAUAUUGAUUGUGAAUCGAUUUAAAUCGAGAAUUUAUUCUGAAUCGAAUCGGCACCCCGAGAAUCUGAAUCGAAUCAAAUUGUGAGUUGCUUUAAGAUUCACAUCCCUACAACUCAGGCUCCUUACCCACCAUGGGUAACCCACGUACCGAGAGCCAGCUUCUGUAGCUGAGAUCAGACUGCCAAGGUCCCCAUCUUCGGCUACCACCCAUCACACAUUGCACCCAACCCCUUUGGCCCCUCCCACAAGUGGUGAGCCUAUGGCAGGGCUAUUCAGUUCCGGGCCUCGAGGGCCAGUAUCCAGCAUGUUUUACUUUUAACCCUGCCUCAACACAACUGAUUUCAAUCAGCAGGUGUAACUUCCAAAAGGGUCAAUUUUCACCUAUAUAUUGAUCAACAUAAUAACCUUUCAUCUACAGCAUAAAUCCACUUUCUAAAUGGCCUAUAGAAAUGGAACACUGUCCAUUUAUAUUAUCAUAAGAGGUCUUCGGGCUGCUCUUUGUCUGAUCCCUCACCUAGGACCUGUUUGCCAUGGGUGACCCUACCAGAGGCAUAAAGCCUCAGACAACAUAGCUCCUAGGAUCAUUGGCACACUCAAACCCCUCCACCACAGUAAUGUGGCAGCCCAGAAAGAGGUAUCGUUCCAGUAUUAUUUGGAAGUAGAUGGGCGUGACUUUGGCUCCCUACACCCUUCUUGUAGUAGCUGGCACAAACGUUGCAGAGUUAUAAUAAUUGGAAGUAAGAGUGUCCAAUGUGGCAGUGUUUGGUGUUGUAGCAGUGUAUUUGUGUGAAACAUUCAGGCGGUCCCUUUCAGUAAAACAACUCAGGAAAAAGUCUGCGUACAUGUUUAAAGGGACAUUAUGGAAGUUUGACAGCCAAAACAUGUAUAGAAAUAAUAAAGUUCUUCUUCAUACGUUCUCCUGCAAUGCCCUGGUCCUGUAGAAUGAGCCCUGGCAUUUUUACUGUGAUUGCCUGUUUUUCUGUAAAAUCACAGAAAAAGAGAGAUGCUCGGGUCGAGCAGGCUGCUUCAUGCGCGUUCACGCUCAGGCAUAGCCCGUAGCAUUUGCUAUCCGUAGCUUUAGCAGCAGAGAGAGAGGCAGUGCCACUUUGUCGCUGUUCCUAACGCCUAGUGACAAAGCUAGCUACAUUUCUGAGGACCCUUAGCUACUUUCUGUAGAACUUUCUUCUAGAUAUUUCCUGCUAAUUAGCAACAAAACAGCCAUUUUCGCUCCGAACCGUUCUUUGGAUUGAUGUUGUUUCAGCUGUCAUCAACGAUAUAAAAGUUACAGAUACACCAAAUGUUACUGGCACGUAGCUCACCCUGUAAGAUGUCUGACUCUCAUGCAGAAGUCCUGGGUUCGAUUCUGGGUGUGAACACAAUUUAUUUGGAGUUUCUUUUUUACAUUAAUGGUAUACUUUUUUACAGUAAAACGCCCAAAUUUUUAUUUGAGACUCGCCGAACGGCGUUGAAUUCACAGAUAAAAAAGAUGUGGGUUCAACUUUCAUUUUGGAACAAUUUUUCAAGCAAGGGAAGGGAAUGAUCUGAGCAUGCAGGACUGACCCAUCAUAAACCUUUGUCGGCUGUGCUGAAGAGAAAGGUACAGAACCAAACUAUUUAAUUAAUUAGCUGCACGUUCUCCUGUCCUCUGUCCUCCGGGCCCCACCCACACACACACACACACCACACACUGCACGUUCGGCCGGCCGACGAGAAAGUGCAGCUGCAGAGACAGAGGCACAUUAUUUUUAUUAAUUUGUUGUGUUCUUCUGUCCUCCGGGGCACACACACGGGACUGUCUCAGCUGUUAUUUUCAUGAAGGAGUGUGCACGUACAGCAUGCGCGCCUCGUGCACGAGCCUACUAUUGAAGCUGCCGUUAUGCUUUUGGCCUGAGGGGGCAAUCGCGAGCAUAAAAAUUCAAAAGUCAGAAAAGUCCCUUUAAUUUAAAUAAAUAUGCUCGAAAGCAAUUCUUACUUUUUGUUUUAUCAUUGCAAUAUUAGAGCCAAAAAAUGUAAUAUUUUGAUGGUAUUUAUAUUUGUGAAUUGAAUGGAAAUCACAUUCUGCCAUAAAAAUCAAAAUAGGAUAUUUUCCUAAAUUAUGUGGUAUUGUUCAAGUGUAGGCUGUUUCUGAUCUUUACUGUUUAACAGUUAAUAACAUAACUUUCUGUGUUUACAGUCAGUAUGACAUUUCAAUGGCUGCAUCACGAGUAACAGCGCUGCUCAAUUCAGUCAGCCAAAGCCUUUCUCAGCAACAUUCCACUGAAAAUUCAGACUAUGCUUGCUACCAGCUGGACUGCAUCAUAAGGCUUUUAGGAAGAUACUCAGACCUGUUUGUGAAUGCUGACCAGGCCUUACAGAAGCUGGAAGAAGCAUGUCACCUUUUGGAAAGUGGAUCCCCAACAUCAAUUACAGGUUUCCGAGUCCCUACAGUAAGGAUGGGCAACAGAGGACGCCCAGCAUUCAUCAUAACAGCGGAGCAAUUGGAAUAUUUGCUUAACUUCGACUUUACAAUUCAAGACAUUGCACGCCUGUUAUGUGUCAGCGUAAGGACAAUAAAGAGAAGACUGAAAGAGCAUGGUCUGUCAGUGCAACAAACUUUCAGUGACAUUACAAGUGCAGAGUUACAAGCCAUUGUCUCUGCACAUCUGGAUACAAAUCCGAAUUCAGGUUACAGAAUGGUGAACGGUUACCUGAGGACCAUGGGUAUCAGAGUCUCUGAGUCUAGGCUGAGAGAGACGAUGCAAACUGUCGACCCUUUUGGUAAUCUCCUUCGUGGUCUGUGCUUGAACCCUAUUCAACGGCGAUCAUACUCUGUUCCUGCCCCACUGUCAUUGUGGCACUUGGAUGGGUACCACAAACUUAUUCGGUGGAGAAUUGUCAUUCAUGGGUGCAUUGACGGCUUCAGCAGAAAGAUAAUGUACCUUCAGGCUUCCAACAACAACAAGGCUUCAACGGUUCACCAGGCUUUUUUGGGAGCUGUGCAGCAGUUUGGUUUGCCACUCUGUGUCCGCAGUGACAAGGGUGGCGAAAAUGUGACUGUGGCCAGAUGUAUGCUUGAACAUCCACUCCGUGGACCAGAGAGCAGAUGUUUCAUCACGGGCCGAAGUGUUCAUAAUCAACGCAUUGAGAGGCUUUGGCGUGAUUUGUGGCAGUCAGUGGUUUGCAACUACCAUGCAGUGUUCCAGUACAUGGAAACUACGGGUGCUCUUGAUUCUGACAAUGAGAUCCACCUGCUGUGCCUGCACUACGUAAUGAUUCCAAGAAUCAACGCCCACCUAAAUGUCUUCAGAAGAACUUGGGACAGACACCGCAUUUCCUCUGCUGGAAACCGCUCCCCUGACCAGCUGUGGAUCUCCGGGCAAUUGACAAGUGAAGUGGAACCAACUCAACCAGUCAGCCUCAGUGAAUGGGGCAAUGACUUUGAGGGAUCUUUACCAGCCUCUGAUUCCACUGCUGACAUUGUCGUGCCAGAGCAUCCAGACUCACUAAUACAAAAUGUCAACAGAUUGUUGGACAGAAUAGACCCGUUAACAGCCAGCUCAUGUUUUGGAGCAGACUUGUACAUGGAAGCACUGCGACUGGCUGAACUUUAAUUCUCUUCUUGGUGUUCAAAGUAGUUGCUGUUUUUAGCAUCAAAGUAACUUGCUCUAAAAGUGUAUAAUCAAACUGUAAAUGCCUGAUUAUGUGCUUCACUUGAAAAAAAAAUGUCUGUCAUGAGCAGGACUUAUGAUAAUGUGUCAACAUAAAAUUAACAUGUAUUGAUGGCUAAGACACAGAUGGGCUGAUGACACGUGUGUUCCUUCUUUAUU